AUGGGUAUCAACCUAUCAUCAUGCAUUGAUUGCUUUCUUCCUAGUAACAAGACAGGGAUACCUCUCACUCUCCGAACAAGCAAAAGGGUCGUUGUUCCCUCUUCCACCGACGACGGCGACGGCAACGGCGACGUUAAGGUCCUCAGCAGUUUUGAAAGAGGAGAGGGUUCAAACAACGCGCCGCCGUUCAUCUGCGAAAUCUGCACGGAGACCAAGACAGCAUGGGAGUCUUUCGGCAUCACCGGGUGCUCCCACGCGUACUGCUCCGACUGUGUAGCAAUGUACGUGCGGUCCAAGCUUGAGGAGAACGUGGUUAACAUUCAGUGUCCUGUUCCAGGAUGUUCAGGUCAGUUGGAGGCGGAGGAUUGCCGUGUUAUUCUCCCGGUAGAGGUGUUUGACCGGUGGGGGAAGGCGGCGAGCGAGGCGGUGUUCGCGGAGUCGGAGAAGUUCUACUGCCCCUUCGCUAACUGCUCUGCUUUGCUGAUCAACGACGGGACGGUGGUGAUUAUGGAAUCGGAGUGCCCUGUUUGCCGGAGGAGGUUCUGCGCGCAGUGCAAAGUGCCAUGGCACGUGGGGGUCACGUGCGAUGAGUAUCAGAGACUGAGUAAAGAUGAGAGGAGAAGGGAAGAGAUGCUGAUAAGGCUUGCUAUGGAUCACAAGUGGAGGAGGUGCCCCAAUUGUAAAAUAUAUGUUGAGAGAAGAAGUGGCUGCGACACCAUUAAAUGCAGGUCAGGCUUUCAUUUCUUGUUGCAUUGUUGAAUUUUGCAGACCAAUUUAUGUCUUUGGAUUAUAAGGGUGGCAAUAUGGGUUGGCCGGCCCAAUCCACC